AUGUAUGCAAUUUAAUUGGCUGUCGUUUUCAGGUACUGCAAUACACUAUGAGCACCACAGCCUUAUCAUUGCCUGCAGAUUCUGAAGUUUAUGAAAGCAUUACGAACAUUGCCGUAUGGUUACAGACUCACAGCCAUUCAGGGCCCCAACAAACACCAGAAGAAAUAACUGCUGAAGACUUGGCUGUUGCCGUGCCAGGGGAAUGUCUUUUCCCCGAACUCUGGGCUGAAAAUGAGGAAGCUACACAUGAAGAAGAAAAGGGCAUCCUUGUUUACACUGAUAGUCGUGAAGAUAAAUACAUAUGGCUCAAAGGAGAUUGGCAUCCAUUAGAAAGAGUAUUAAGUAUCACUUCGCCAAAGGCAGGAUGGGUUCGGAACUUUUCGUGCCUGGGUGAGCGUCUCCUGGUGCUUGUGCUGACGCAGUUGGACUAUGCUGCUCGCGAGGCAGAGGCUGAAGUGCCCUAUGGCUGCUGUCCUCUUGUAGACCCCACCUAUCUCCUCUGGCAUCACCACCGCCCAGCUGGCAUGUGCUCGCUCAAACGCAAGGGUACAAGCAUAUGGGGAGGAGAAGACGUAUAUGCUUGUGAUACAUUAGAUACAAUGUAUGUGAGGCCUUGCGCGAGACGACAGGGCCACUCUUUGGCCUUGUUACGUACUUUGGCUGCAGCAUUGCCUCCUGGUGACCACCUUGGGUUGUCCCACCCAGUGUCCUUAAGUAUGUGUAAAGUACUUCUCAAAUUCAUUCAAGUUUAUCCAGAACUCCGCGAUGCGUUAUGGACUUUAGAUGAAGAUGGUGAAGUCUCUGGCACAGUUAGUUUGAUGCUUGGGUCUCUUUUGAUGCGUGGUGCUUUAAUUGGAGCUGGCACAAAUAAUCGUUCUCAGCCCAUGGAGGAAACACAGCAGCCUAUGGAUCAGGUUGAUCAACCAAUGGAGCAAACUUCACUUCAGCAAAAUGAUGAAGCACCAAAUUCACAAAAGCAGAUCCAAGAGGACGAGGGCGAGCAGAGUCCAUGUGAUAACGUAGAGGUAGAAAAAGAUGGUGAAGAGAAGCCAGUCACUCCCUCAUUCACGCAGUCAUUCUCCCAGUCAUACCAGGAAUCGAUGCUGUUCUGCCCUGCCGGGUCCGUCUGGGUAAGCUUACACAACGUGUUGAGCAGGCCACCAACAGGUCCCAAGGAAAAAGUAUCCAAGGACUUGUGGGCAAUAUCCCGAAGGUAG